CUCGACACUUCAUCUGCACCAGUAACGACUACUUACAGCAGCUUCAACAGCUUCAACAGCUUCAACAGCUUCAACAGCAACAGCAACAGCAACAGCAUCAGCAACGCAACACUAACGAUGGUGCAGUCCAACACCGCCACGGCGACGUCGACCUUGUUCCUCAAGGCGAAACACGCGUUUUCGCUCCACCGCAAAUCCUCCCUCUCGGGCAACUCGUCCUCUUCCGCUUCUGCAUACCUCUCAUCUUCUGCCCCAUCUCCUACAGACUCGACCGUAUCACCUCCGCUCUCUACUGCCUCCUCUGCAGCCAAUACCAAUGCCAAUGCCAAUGCGAAUGCCAAUGCGACUGCAAAUGGCGGGGCCCCUCACAAGGUCAAGCGCAGUAGUCGGUUCAAGGUCAAGAGGUUUGCCUCAUUCAGGGACCGCUCGACCAGUCCACCGCACAGCAAAAAGGGCCAGGCCAAUCAUGCCAACGCCCCUGUCUCCGUCACAACUACAGCUACAACUACAACCACCACCACUCCAAUCACAGCAUCAAACGCGACUCCUUCAAGUUCUGCAGAGGCAGUAGUAAAGGCGACGACGACAAGGACAACACCACCAGCACAGACAGCGUCUAUGAAUCCCUAUUCUCCCAGCUGGUGUCCCUCGACUGUUGCAGCCCUGAGGUCCCCCCUGAGGAGUGUUUCGUCUCUGUCUUCGAAAUCGAAUGGCGGACUGGAUCUGUUACAGUCUUCACACUAUUCACCAGCACCAAACCUGCUCCUACAGCCCAGUCCUGUGACUGACCUGGCACCGCGAUAUGGCACGGGUGCACGUCUGUCGCGGUUUCCUUCCGGUCAGUCCAGUGGUAGUCCAGUUGUUGGACCGCAAGGUAAGAAUGCCAUUUCAACAUAGGAUUGUUUAACAUUUGAUGCAACUGAGUUGCGGGCAAGUGGAUACGGAAAGAAAGAGAGAGAGUCUGCGGGGUUUUAUGUGGUGUUAGAAAACAAAAAAAAAAAAAAAAAAAAA